CAGUAAUGCCUGUAGGUGGGCGGAGCCUCAUUCCUCCUCUCUUCCCCCAGCGAGCCCCUUCCUCGGAAGUAGACGAUCCGUCUAUAUUCCGUUCUUUUAUUUUUGUAUUUUUGUAACCCCUUUUCCCCACCACGUAGCACUAUGGACGCAAAUAUGGACGACUAAACCGAAGAACGGGUCCACGAUUUCACCCCUAUAUUUAUCCUUGAAUUGAGUGGACCGGAUGAAAUCCAACUGUGGUUUUCUCCGCUUUGCAGGGGAGGUAGCUGUAUCCAGUGGGGAGGUAGGCUUAACCAGGGGAAAGAAUGAAGUUCUUCGAACCCUGGGGACGCCAGAAGCUGUCUUUUCUUCUGGAAAAGGCCGCUUCUAGGGAAACUAAGAUGUGGAAGGUCUAUGUGCCAAAGAAGCCCUCCUCACAGGAUAUAGACAUCACCCCUGCCCAGCGAGAUGAGGCGGUACGCUGGCUGACAGAGCUCCACAGCAGACUGCAGCUGUACCCGGAGACCCUAGUGUUAGCUGUUAGCAUCCUGGACCGCUUCCUUGCUUCCAUCAAGGCCCGUCCAAAAUACCUGCGCUGCAUAGCUAUUGCCUGCUUCUUCCUGGCUGCUAAGACCUGCGAGGAGGAUGAGCGUGUGCCCUCCCUGAAAGAGAUGGCUGCCUCCAGCAACUGUGGCUGUUCUCCAUCAGAGAUCCUGAGGAUGGAGAGGAUCAUCCUGGACAAACUGAACUGGGAUCUGCACACCGCCACAGCACUGGACUUCCUUCACAUCUUUCAUGCGAUGGUGCUAUCAUGUCGUUCUGGGUUUUUGAACUCCAUGUUGGGACUGAACCGCUCUCAGCACCUCACUCUGCUCACACGGCAACUCUAUAACUGUCUGGCUGACCACACACUCUUACAGCUCAGAGGAUCCAUGCUGGCCUUGGCCCUAAUCACCCUGGACCUGGAGACCUGUUGUCCUGACUGGCUGGCUCUUACCAUUGACCUGCUGAGGAAGGCACAGAUCGACAGCUCCGAGUUGAUUUGGAGUCGAGAGCUUGUGGCUCGUAGUCUGUCCACACUGAGAUCUUCCCUGCCUCCAAACACUGUCUACAUCUACCAACCCCUUCAGAGCCAAACCACCCUGCAGCCUCCAGACCAGGACCCCACACUCCCCUGCUGCACACUGGGGAUCAUCACCUCCACCACUGAGACUUCAAGUGACCAUGCCCUUGUCACCGCCAUCCCUGCCCAGCUACAGACACCUGCUGAUGGGGAAGAGGGGAGCUAUCAGCCCUGGAGCACCAUCUCCUCCACCUUCAGCAGCAUCCCAGUUCUACUCUCUCCACCCAAACACCUCCACCAUCUUAACCACCUGCAGAAGGUCACACUGCGCUGCAAAGCAUCCGCCAAGCGCAAGGUGGAUGAAAUGGAGGUGGAUGACUUCUACGAUGCCAUCAAACGCCUCUACAACGAAGAUGCCACCACCUCUGUCGCUGUCCAGGAGGGGGCAACUUCUUUGAUGGGGGCAAUAACAACAAGUGGAGGAGGAGGAGGAGGUGGUGAAGGUGUCUGCAGCGUCCUGUUGUCCCGACAGGAAGGCAGUUCUUCUCCCUGCCCGCCACUGCAGCCAGUCAGUGCCUCCUAGAGACCAAAUAGAAACCUGUUUACCAAAACCACCUUCACAGUGACAUCAUCUUUCACUUUUAAAUUAAAGGUGCAAAGAUCUAGGACUUAGCCAAAAAAUGUGAACAUCAACAACUUCUCGGUCCCUCCCCCCUUUCCGCUAAAUCCCAAAACGCUCUCCUAAGCUUCUCCCCCCACAAGGGAGAGCCGUGCACAAUAGAGCGGGGGGAAACCUGUGUGCAGCUCGAGCGCGGGGAAGGUGGAGGGGGAGGGGAGGACGCUAUGAGCCCACGCAUUAAUUUGACAAAAUUCUCCUUUACAUCACUGCUUUCAAUGAAACGUACAGUAAAAGAAGAAAAUAUGUAUCUUAUAACCCAAAUAAAGCAGUGAUACAGAUGAUUUCAGUGGUGAAGAUGGUUUUGCUUACAGUGCAAAGGACCCCAGCGUGACCCCUGCUGUUCAGCUGUCCUGAGGUCAGGUGCCAUCAUCCCCUGCAACAGGAAAACAGAGCCCAAAAAAAUGUAAACAUUCAAAAAAAAUCAAAACGUGCUGCUGCUACUAUCCUAUUAAUAUAUAUGUUGAACACAAAUACAAUAAUACAAAAGGUUUAAAAAAAUUAUAAAUGGAAAAGUUACCUUUUAAAAAAAAAAAAAAACUAGAAUUGACUUCUCCCUCCCCCUUUUGUGGAAGAUUUUGUCUUUUUGUGGAAGAUUUCUGUCAUUGUUUGUCAACUUAUAUUUGUUCUUCACAUCUUAAACUAUUCUUCCAUUUCAUAAAUUUAUGUUUUUAUUCUAUCCUCUUCCCUUUCCUUCUUCACUCUGCUGUUUGCAUCUCUAUAACGUCUUCACAGUCCCAAUGUAUGGAUGAUUAUCUGUCUAACUUUUUUAAUAAGUGAAGUGCAGUUUAAUUGUUAAUAAGAUGCUAAUAUACAUGUCCCUCCUAGGAAGCCCCUCUGUUUUCCCUCCCCUCAGCUUGUUGUGAAGGAUUGACUGACUCAACGUUUCUCAGGUUGUUUUAUUCACCCACAAACUAAAAAAAGGUCUCUCUGAACUUGCUGCUUAAACUCUUUCUCAUGUGGGUGUCUUGGCUGCCAUAAAAUCAUUUGCCUGUCUGUUUUGGAGUCCAUUGAGUGUGGCUAAACCAAGAGAUCUUGAUUAUUUCCUAAUAACGUACAUACUCUCAUCUAAAACAUAUAAAAGGUCUUGGUACACUCGUUGCUAUGACAAUAGCCCUAGUGGAAUUCUAACGGUAACGUCCAGGCUUUACAAACUUUGUUGUCCUCAUACAAAGAACAAGGCCCUGGUAAAAAUCACUCUGCAUGUGGUUUCUGUGUUUAAGCACCCAGAGGGAAUUCAAGUUCUGGUUUAUAUAUUCAUAUGUUAUGAAACAACCUUGAGUUAUUUAAAGCACAUAAGCUAAGAGACUGAAAUGUUUUUUGAGUUGGCGUCUUAAGUAGGAGGACAGUGACACUUGUGCUCUGUUUUUAUCUCUUGAAGUUCUGUUUAAUAUAUUUUAUUCCCGCAACAAGCUCUGUUUUUCCUGCUGUGGGAGCUGCUGGUGGCUUCUUCAGGUCCCUGAAUGCACUGCGGCACCAAUAAAUGAAGAGAUACAAGAAU